AUGGUUGUGGGCCUUGGCAUGGUCGGAAUCGCAUUCAUCGAAAAGAUGCUCGCGUUGGACACUGAAGGCAAAUACUUUAUUCGAACAUGUGGUGAAGAACCCACCUAUGCCUACAACCGGGUGGGGUUGACGGAGUACUUUCAGCACCGAAACAUCGAAGACCUCUACCUGCACGAUGCGUCUUGGUAUGCUGAGCAGGACCCCGACCACUUUGCAUUUCACAUCGGCCAGCAGGUCGUGUCCAUCGACGGCGCGAACAAGACAGUCCUCACCUCCGAGAACAACACCUUUGCGUACGACAUCCUCGUUCUGGCCACCGGGUCAGUUGCGGAUCUUCCUUCCUAUGUCACCCGUGAACAGGCAAAGACGACCCAGGGCGUGUUUGUAUAUCGCAGCAUCGCCGACCUCGAAGACAUCUUUGCGUUCGCCGGCAAACCGGCUGUUUCCAAGGCGACUGUCGUUGGAGGCGGUCUUCUUGGCCUCGAAGCAGCAAAGGCAGUGUACGACAUGAAGGUCCCAGAGGUAUCCAUCAUGAUCAGACAGGAAUACCCCCUCAACAGGCAGCUGGAUGCGCCGGCUGGGGACCUUGUCAAGGCCAAAAUUGAGUCCCUUGGGGUCAAAGUCCUCAGCCGAUGCUCACCAGACUCACUCGUCAUCAAACGUGACUCUGGCCGGGAAAUCUUCGCGGGUUUCAACAAUGCAGGAGAGACCUACCCCUCGGAUAUGGUCAUCUUUGCCAUUGGUAUCAAACCGAGGGACGAUCUCCCUGCGGAAUCGGGAAUCAAGACGAGCCCCAAAGGUGGCAUCGUGGUGGCCGACGACCUCUCCACGAGCUUGCCUGGCGUAUAUGCCAUUGGCGAGUGUGCAAACUGGCGAGGGAAUUUUUACGGCCUCAUUGCUCCGGGGAUAGAAAUGGCAGACAUCCUGGCUUUCAACCUUACCCAGACCAGCGGCGUCGGAGCCCAUGCCGCCCGCAAGAUGAACCCGCCGGACCUCUCGACUCGUCUCAAGCUGAUGGGUGUGGACGUGGCGUCUUUCGGCGACUACUUUGCCGAUGUUCGAACGCCAGCCCAGCCUAUGGGACCACCUAGCACACAGCCUGGGGCUGCAGCUGCACCCGGCCUUGUAACAAUCCACCCCUCCGCAAAGCGGCGGUACCUCACCAAUGACAAUGGCCCAGUCAAGUGCCUCACCUACCAUGACCCUUUUGGUGCGACCUACAAGAAGUACAUCUUCAGCUCUGAUGGGCGACAUCUCAUCGGCGGAAUGAUGAUUGGCGACGUGGGUGACUUUACCAAGCUCGUGGCGAUCACGAAGAAGAAGGCCCUCGAUGUGCCUCCGUCACAGUUCAUUCUCGGGUCCAGGACCAGCGGAGACGAUGAUGGCGACGACCUCGACGACGAUACCGUGAUAUGCUCGUGCCAUAACGUGACCAAAGCUGCUAUUGCUGCGAGUGUCAAGGAUGGAGCGCAGGGCUUUGGAGAGGUGAAGAAGAGCACAAAGGCGGGAUCCGGUUGCGGUGGAUGCGUGCCCCUCGCCACCGCCAUCAUGAAGACGGAGAUGAAGAAGGCCGGGGUCACCAUCGAUAACCGGUACGCACAUCAACCAGACCCUACUGACUUCAGGCUAUGCCUUCACUUCAAGAUGAGUCGCAUGGACCUGCUCCAAGUGGUCAAGAUCAAGAAGCUCCGCGCCUUCCGCGCCAUCAUGGACACAGUCAGCAUUGAUGGAUCACAAGGCUGCGAGAUCUGCAAACCAGCAAUCGCCAGUAUCCUUGCGUCCACGUACAACGAGCACGUCAUGAAGCCAGAACACCAUGCUCUCCAAGACACGAAUGACAAGUUUAUGGCCAACAUCCAGCGGAACGGCACCUUCAGCGUGGUACCCCGUAUACCUGGCGGUGAAGUGCAACCUGACCAACUUGUCGCCAUUGGACAAAUAGCCAAAGAGUACGGUUUGUAUACAAAAAUCACUGGAGGUCAGCGCAUCGACAUGUUUGGGGCCGAGAAGCCCGACCUACCGGCGAUAUGGGAGCGACUGAACGCUGUGGGUCUCGAAUCUGGUCAGGCCUACGGCAAGAGCCUCCGAACGGUCAAGUCGUGCGUCGGGAGCACGUGGUGCCGCUUCGGCGUCGGUGACUCUGUCGGGCUAGCCAUCAGCCUCGAGAAGAGGUAUCGCGGCGUCCGAGCUCCUCACAAGUUCAAGGGAGGUGUCUCUGGAUGUGUUCGGGAGUGUGCCGAGGCACAAUCCAAAGAUUUCGGGCUAAUCGCGACCGACAAAGGCUGGAACAUCUUCAUUGGCGGUAAUGGCGGUGCGACCCCGCGCCACGCGAUACUCUUCGCCCAAGACGUCCCGCCCUCCAAGGUCGUACGCAUUCUCGACCGCUACAUCAUGUUCUACAUCCGGACCGCCGACCGUCUGGUGCGCACGGCCCCAUGGGUCGAGUCAUUUGAAGGCGGCAUCGAGAAGCUCCGACGAAUCCUCAUUCAAGACGAGUUGGGCAUCUGCACCGACCUCGAGAGCGAGAUGCAGUAUCUCAUCAGCACUUACGAAGACGAGUGGGGCAAGGCUGUUCGUGACCCAGGUAUGCGCCACCAGUUUCGCCAGUUCGUGAACACGCCGGAUCGCGUCAAGGGCAUCGAAAACAUCGAAGAGAGAGGGCAACGCCGGGCGGCAGACUGGCCCAAGAACUUUCCAGCCCGCAAGUUUGGAGCCUCUGAGAUUGUAACCCCUAGGACCCAAUGGACCUGGGUGGCUGGUUUGGCGACAGCGGUCGACCUUCAGCCCACCGACGCGGCCACGACCUCCGCCGCGGUCAAGUACGGCGACACGCAGCUCGCCAUAUUCCACGUCCCCCGGCGAGGAUACUACGCGAUGCAGCAAAUGUGCCCGCACAAGCGUGCGUUUGUGCUUGACCAUGGCAUCGUCGGCGACGACACCAAGGGCAAUCUACACGUGUCGUGUCCCUUGCACAAGCGCAACUUUCGGCUUGACACCGGCGAGUGCACCAAUGACGACGACUACAAUGUCAUGUCGUUUGACGUUCGCGAGGUGGCUGGUGGGGCCCUCGAGGUGCUGCUGCCGCCCAUGCCUGAGCUCGAUGCUGUCUUGGGAACAUCCAAGUGGAUGGUGCGCCAGUCGACCGCCGAAGCCCUUGGUCCUAUCGCCGCCGCCAAUAUCAAGACUGUCCCUCCUGUUCUCCAGACGAACGCUUGCUCCAGCAACCACGGGGGGUGUGGAGACUCGAAAUUAGACUGGUAG